AUGGCACCCCUGAAGCUCACCAGCAAGAACCUGUCGCAAAUUGCGACGGCAGGUAAAGCACAGAUCAAGGUUCCAAGCUAUCAGCGCGGUGGCGCGGUCAAGGAGGGAAUCGUCCACGUCGGUGUAGGCGGCUUCCACCGAGCUCACCUGGCUGUCUAUGUCGACCAGGUGAUGCAGAAGCAUGGGGUGACCGAUUACGCCAUUUGCGGUGUUGGAUUGCAGCCCUUCGACGCCACCAUGCGCGACGUGUUGAGAUCGCAGGACCACCUCUACACGGUCAUUGAGCGUUCGGCCAAGGGAAGCCUUGCCAACGUUGUCGGUAGCAUUAACUCCUACCUCUUUGCCCCCGACGACCGUGAGGCUGUCAUCGCCAAGAUGGCCCACCCUGAUACCCACAUUGUGUCGCUCACUAUCACCGAGAGCGGCUACUACUACAACGAGAACACCCACGAGCUGCAAAGCGAGAACCCCGACAUCCAGUUCGACCUCAACCCGGCCAACGAGAAGACCCCGCGGACCACUUUCGGCUUCCUUUACGCCGCCCUGGUACGGCGUCAGCAGCAGGGACUGAAGCCCUUCACUGUCAUGUCGUGCGACAACAUGCAGAAGAACGGCUCCAUCACGCGCCAUAUGCUCGAGUCGUUUGCGCGCCUGCGCAACCCGGAGAUCGCCAAGUGGAUUGUCGAGCAAGGUGCCUUCCCCAACGCCAUGGUCGACCGUAUCACCCCUCAAACAGCUCCCGCCGACAAAACGGCACUUGCCACUGAGUUUGGCAUCGAGGAUGCAUGGCCCGUUGUCACGGAGCCUUUCAUGCAGUGGGUGAUCGAGGACCAGUUCUCCGAUGGCCGCCCUCCAUUCGAGAAGGUCGGGGUUCAGGUUGUCAAGAAUGUUCAGGACGUCGAGGAGUUCGAGAAGCACAAGCUUCGUCUGCUUAACGGCAGCCACUCGGCCAUUGGCUACCCCGGUCAGCUGGCAGGCUUCAAAUACGUUCACGAAGUCAUGGAGCACCCAGUGUACCGCAAGUUCGUGUGGCAGAUGAUGCAGGAGGAGGUGAAGCCGUCAUUGCCCGACAUCCCCGGUGUCAACAUUGAUGAGUAUUGCAACACGCUCAUGGAGCGCUUCUCCAACCCUACCAUCAUGGACCAGCUGCCCCGCGUCUGCCUCAACGCCUCGGGCAAGGUUCCCCAGUUCAUCAUGCCGUCGAUUGCCGAGGCCAUUUGGGUGACGGGCCCGUUCCGCCGCCUGUGCUUCGUCGCGGCCGCGUGGUUCCGCUAUAUUAACGGCGUCCAAGACAACGGCGAGAAGUUCACGGUCGACGAUCCCAUGCGCGAGAUGCUCCAGGCCAAGGCUCGCACCGGAGGCACCAACCCGGCUGAACUGCUCAGCAUCAAGAACCUGUUCGGUGAUGACCUGCGCGGCGACAAGAGAUUCAUCCAGGAGAUCACCACCGCUAUGGAGGAGAUUGCCCGGGACGGUGUCUUGAAGACUCUCCCCAAGUAUGUUGACUAA